GCCGCCGCCGCCGCCGGAGCCUGAGCUGCCGGGCGGAGCGGCGUCCGCGCCAGACUGGAGCGGGAGGGCGGCGGAGCGCAGUUGCUGGGAAUUUUUCAGCCGGGAGGUCAGGCGAUCCGGAGAGAGAGCCCGCGAGCUCGGGAGCGGUGGGGAACGCGGGCGCCGGAGCGAGCGAAGCAAACCUCGAAAUAGAUCCGGAGAGCCAGGUUCCCGGAGGAAAUGGGACUGUGAGCGGACCGGGAGCGAGAAGGGAAGGAAGCGCCGCGAUUGCUGAUGUCAGAGGAGCCCGGAAAGUCGCGCUGGAAAAAUCUGAAGACGGCCGGGGCUUUGCUGCUUCCCAAGGAGACACAGCGCCAGCCACCCCCCCACGCCCCCUCGGCGCCUCCCGGUUCCCCCAGCGAGCCGGCGACAGCGCCCGGUGGGGCUGCUGCGGGGCGGCAGAGGACUGAGGGGCGCGCGGACCGGAGACCGAGGGGCCACUUCAGGAAUACAGAUAAGUGGCUGCUGGCUUGACGUGGAUAUUAAUGAAUUUGGACUCCAUGUGGGUUUGGUCGUCUCUGUGAUCAGGAGCUGCUGGCGGCGAGAGGGACCGCACGCCGGCCUCGGCAGCCGGCGGCCAAAGCGGCCGCACCGGGGACGGAAGGACAGACCGACGUCGCCGAGCUGGAACCAUGUGAGGGCCAAGCGGCGAAGGUGGAGUACGCCGGAGCUCGGAGGCUCUGUCUCCCGGUCCUCGGCCGGCUCAGGAUGGAACAGCGCAGGCCCUGGCCGCGGGCCGCGGAGGGGGACGGCUGGCCUGUGGUCCUGCUGUCCGCGGUCUGCGUGCUGCUGGCCCCGCGGGCGGCCGGCCUGCCCCAGUUCAGCACCUUCCACUCGGAGAACCGGGACUGGACCUUCAACCACCUGACCGUGCACCGCGGCACCGGGGCCGUGUACGUCGGCGCCAUCAACCGCGUGUACAAGCUGACGGGCAACCUGACCAUCCAGGUGGCCCAUAAGACGGGGCCGGAGGAGGACAACAAGUCCUGCUACCCGCCGCUCAUCGUGCAGCCCUGCAGCGAGGUGCUCACGCUCACCAACAACGUCAACAAGCUGCUCAUCAUCGACUACUCCGAGAACCGGCUGCUGGCCUGCGGCAGCCUCUACCAGGGCGUCUGCAAGCUGCUGCGCCUGGACGACCUCUUCAUCCUGGUGGAGCCGUCCCACAAGAAGGAGCACUACCUGUCCAGCGUCAACAAGACGGGCACCAUGUACGGGGUGAUCGUGCGCUCCGAGGGCGAGGACGGGAAGCUCUUCAUCGGCACGGCCGUGGACGGCAAGCAGGACUACUUCCCCACCCUGUCCAGCCGCAAGCUGCCCCGGGACCCCGAGUCCUCCGCCAUGCUCGACUACGAGCUCCACAGCGACUUCGUGUCCUCGCUCAUCAAGAUCCCCUCCGACACGCUGGCCCUGGUCGCCCACUUCGACAUCUUCUACAUCUACGGCUUCGCCAGCGGGGGCUUCGUCUACUUCCUCACGGUGCAGCCCGAGACCCCCGAGGGCGUGGCCAUCAACUCGGCCGGGGACCUCUUCUACACCUCGCGCAUCGUGCGCCUCUGCAAGAACGACCCCAAGUUCCACUCCUACGUGUCCCUGCCCUUCGGCUGCACGCGCGCCGGCGUGGAAUACCGCCUCCUGCAGGCCGCCUACCUCGCCAAGCCCGGGGACGCCCUGGCCCAGGCCUUUAACAUCAGCAGCCAGGACGACGUGCUGUUCGCCCUCUUCUCCAAAGGGCAGAAGCAGUACCACCACCCGCCGGAUGACUCUGCCCUCUGUGCCUUCCCCAUCCGGGCCAUCAACUCGCAGAUCAAGGAGCGUCUGCAGUCCUGCUACCAGGGCGAGGGCAACCUGGAGCUCAACUGGCUGCUGGGGAAAGACGUGCAGUGCACCAAGGCGCCGGUCCCCAUCGAUGACAACUUCUGCGGACUGGACAUCAACCAGCCACUCGGAGGCUCCACUCCCGUGGAAGGCCUGACCCUGUACACCACCAGCCGGGACCGCCUCACCUCCGUGGCCUCCUACGUUUACAAUGGCUACAGCGUGGUCUUUGUGGGGACGAAGAGCGGCAAGCUGAAAAAGAUUCGAGCCGACGGUCCCCCCCAUGGCGGGGUCCAAUACGAGGUGGUCUCCGUGCUCAAAGAUGGGAGCCCCAUUCUCCGGGACAUGGCCUUCUCCAUCGAUCAGCGCUACCUGUACAUCAUGUCUGAGAGACAGAUCACCAGGGUCCCCGUGGAGUCCUGUGAGCAGUACACGACAUGCGGGGAGUGCCUGAGCUCGGGGGACCCUCACUGUGGCUGGUGUGCCCUGCACAACAUGUGCUCCCGCAGGGACACGUGCCAGCGGGCCUGGGAGCCAAACCGAUUUGCCGCCAGCAUCAGCCAGUGCAUGAGCCUCGAGGUGCACCCCAGCAGCAUCUCGGUGUCUGAGCCCAGCCGGCAGCUCAGCCUGGUUGUAAGCGACGCCCCCGACCUGUCUGCGGGUAUCUCCUGUGCCUUUGGGAACCUGACGGAGGUGGAGGGACAGGUAUCCGGGAGCCAGGUCAUUUGCGUCUCGCCGGGGCCCAAGGACGUCCCUGUCGUCCCUCUGGAUCAAGACUGGUUCGGUCUAGAGCUGCAGCUGAGAUCCAAGGAGACAGGGAAGAUAUUUGUCAGCACCGAGUUCAAGUUCUACAACUGCAGCGCCCACCAACUGUGCCUGUCUUGUGUCAACAGCUCCUUCCGCUGCCAUUGGUGCAAAUACCGAAACCUCUGCACUCAUGACCCCACCACCUGCUCCUUCCAGGAGGGCCGGAUCAAUGUUUCAGAGGACUGUCCCCAGCUGGUACCCACGGACGAGGUCCUGAUACCAGUGGGGGAGGUGAAGCCCAUCACCCUCAAGGCUCGAAACUUGCCGCAGCCUCAGUCGGGCCAGCGAGGCUACGAGUGCGUCCUCAACAUCCAGGGGGCCGUCCACCGGGUCCCUGCCCUGCGUUUCAACAGCUCCAGCGUCCAGUGCCAGAACAGCUCGUACCAGUAUGACGGGAUGGACAUCAGCAACCUGGCCGUGGACUUCGCGGUGGUGUGGAAUGGCAAUUUCAUCAUCGACAACCCUCAGGACCUGAAAGUUCAUCUCUACAAGUGCGCGGCCCAGCGGGAGAGCUGCGGCCUCUGCCUGAAGGCCGACCGCAAGUUUGAGUGUGGCUGGUGCAGCGAUGAGCGCAGGUGCACCCUCCAGCAGCACUGUAGCAGCGCCUCCAGCCCCUGGCUUGACUGGUCCAGCCACAACGUGAAGUGCUCCAAUCCCCAGAUCACCGAGAUUUUGACGGUGUCCGGACCUCCUGAAGGCGGGACUCGAGUGACCAUCCACGGUGUGAACCUGGGGCUGGACUUCUCCGAGAUCGCCCACCACGUGCAGGUGGCUGGUGUGCCCUGCACGCCCCUGCCGGGGGAUUACAUCAUCGCCGAGCAGAUCGUCUGCGAGAUGGGCCACGCCCUUGUGGGAACCACCUCUGGGCCAGUGCGCCUGUGCAUCGACGAGUGUAAGCCCGAGUUCAUGGCCAAGUCCCAUCAGCAGUACACCUUCGUGAACCCUUCUGUGCUGUCGCUCAACCCCAUCCGAGGGCCGGAGUCCGGAGGAACCAUGGUGACCAUCACGGGCCAUUACCUCGGGGCUGGGAGCAGCGUGGCUGUUUACCUGGGCAACCAGACCUGCGAGUUCUAUGGGCGGUCGAUGAAUGAGAUCGUGUGUGUCUCACCCCCGUCGUCCAACGGGCUGGGGCCCGUUCCCGUUGCCGUGAGCGUCGACCGAGCCCGCGUGCACAACAACCUGCAGUUCGAGUACAUAGAUGACCCCCGCGUGCAGCGCGUGGAGCCCGAGUGGAGCAUUGCCAGCGGCCACACCCCCCUGACCGUCACGGGCUUCAACCUGGAUGUCAUUCAGGAGCCACGGAUCCGAGUCAAGUUUAAUGGCAAAGAAUCUGUCAAUGUGUGUGAAGUUGUCAACACCACCACCCUGACCUGCCUGGCACCCUCCCUGACCACGGACUACCGGCCCGGCCUGGACACUGUGGAGCGGCCGGAUGAGUUUGGAUUCGUCUUUAACAACGUCCAGUCCCUGCUGAUUUACAAUGACACCAAGUUCAUCUACUACCCCAACCCCACCUUCGAGCUGCUCAGCCCGACCGGCGUCUUGGAUCAAAAGCCAGGAUCCCCCAUCAUCCUGAAGGGCAAAAACCUCUGCCCUCCUGCCUCUGGAGGAGCCAAACUCAACUACACGGUGCUGAUUGGAGAGACCCCGUGUGCCGUCACCGUGUCUGAGACGCAGCUCCUCUGCGAGCCUCCCAACCUCACGGGGCAGCACAAGGUCAUGGUGCACGUGGGCGGGAUGGUGUUCUCGCCGGGCUCGGUGAGCGUCGUCUCGGACAGCUUGCUGACCCUGCCGGCCAUCGUCAGCAUCGCGGCGGGCGGCAGCCUCCUGCUCGUCAUCGUCGUCAUCGUGCUCAUCGCCUACAAGCGCAAGUCUCGCGAGAACGACCUCACCCUCAAGCGGCUGCAGAUGCAGAUGGACAACCUGGAGUCCCGCGUGGCCCUGGAGUGUAAGGAAGCUUUUGCCGAGCUCCAGACAGACAUCAACGAGCUGACCAGUGACCUGGACCGCUCUGGAAUCCCCUACCUGGACUACCGGACCUACGCCAUGCGGGUCCUGUUUCCCGGCAUCGAGGACCACCCCGUCCUGCGUGAGCUGGAGGUACAGGGCAACGGGCAGCAGCACGUGGAGAAGGCCCUGAAGCUCUUCGCGCAGCUCAUCAACAACAAGGUCUUCCUGCUGACCUUCAUCCGCACCCUGGAGCUGCAGCGCAGCUUCUCCAUGCGCGACCGCGGCAACGUGGCCUCACUCAUCAUGACCGGCCUGCAGGGCCGCCUGGAGUAUGCCACCGAUGUCCUCAAGCAGCUGCUCUCCGAUCUCAUCGACAGGAACCUGGAGAACAAGAACCACCCCAAGCUGCUCCUCCGGAGGACAGAGUCUGUGGCCGAGAAGAUGCUGACCAAUUGGUUUGCCUUCCUCCUGCACAAGUUCCUGAAGGAGUGCGCGGGGGAGCCGCUCUUCAUGCUCUACUGCGCCAUCAAGCAGCAGAUGGAGAAGGGCCCCAUCGACGCCAUCACGGGCGAGGCCCGCUACUCCCUGAGCGAGGACAAGCUCAUCCGGCAGCAGAUCGAGUACAAGACCCUGAUCCUGAACUGCGUCAACCCUGACAACGAGAACAGUCCGGAGAUCCCGGUGAAGGCCUUAAACUGCGACACCAUCACGCAGGUCAAGGAGAAGAUCCUGGACGCCGUCUACAAGAACGUGCCCUACUCCCAGCGGCCCAGGGCGGUGGACAUGGACCUGGAGUGGCGUCAAGGCCGGAUCGCCCGGGUCGUGCUGCAGGACGAGGACAUCACCACCAAGAUCGAGGGCGACUGGAAGCGGCUCAACACGCUGAUGCACUACCAGGUGUCGGACAGAUCAGUGGUGGCUCUGGUCCCCAAGCAGACCUCCUCCUACAACAUUCCUGCCUCCGCCAGCAUCUCCCGGACAUCCAUCAGCAGAUACGACUCCUCCUUCAGGUACACAGGCAGCCCUGACAGCCUGCGGUCUCGGGCCCCCAUGAUCACGCCAGACCUGGAGAGCGGGGUCAAGGUGUGGCAUCUGGUGAAGAACCAUGACCACGGGGACCAGAAGGAGGGUGACCGGGGCAGCAAGAUGGUGUCCGAGAUCUACCUGACCCGGCUCCUGGCCACCAAGGGCACCCUGCAGAAGUUUGUGGACGACCUGUUCGAGACCUUGUUCAGCACUGUGCACCGGGGCAGCGCGCUCCCCCUGGCCAUCAAGUACAUGUUUGAUUUCCUGGAUGAGCAGGCAGACAGACACAGCAUCCACGACACAGAUGUGCGGCACACCUGGAAGAGCAACUGCCUGCCCCUGCGCUUCUGGGUGAACGUGAUCAAGAACCCGCAGUUCGUGUUCGACAUCCACAAGGGCAGCAUCACGGACGCCUGCCUCUCGGUGGUGGCCCAGACCUUCAUGGACUCCUGCUCGACCUCAGAGCACCGGCUGGGCAAGGACUCGCCCUCCAACAAGCUGCUCUACGCCAAGGACAUCCCCAGCUACAAGAGCUGGGUGGAGAGAUACUACGCAGACAUCGCCAAGCUCCCCGCCAUCAGCGACCAGGACAUGAACGCCUACCUCGCGGAGCAGUCCCGCCUGCACGCCGUGGACUUCAACAUGCUCAGCGCCCUCAGCGAGAUCUACUCCUACGUCAGCAAGUACAGCGAAGAGCUCAUCGGGGCCCUAGAGCAGGACGAGCAGGCCCGGCGACAGCGGCUGGCGUACAAGGUGGAACAGCUCAUAAAUGCCAUGUCCAUCGAGAGCUGAGAGAUGGGGAAAGGGGACCCGUGAGAGCUGUCAUACUGGGCGUCUCAGAAGGAAGGACCCUGAAGAGGAUCAGCCCCAGAGCUUGCUGUCCCCGAGACCCCGUCCCUGGGGACAGGGGAGGGCCCCUCUCCCCACGCCAGCCAAGUUUCGUCACAGCCGGUCCUGCAGGGAGAGACGGCAGGUGCCCUCCACCCACGGAGAGCACAGGCGGGACGUGGGGCCCAGAGAAGCCGGUUCUUCAAGCUGAGAGGCACGAGCUGGGCAUGGUUCUGCCUCUGUGACUGCUGCUUUGCAUGAAAACUCAUUUGAUGUAUAUUGGGGAAAUAAUGAGAACUUUAUUUAAUUUUUUUUAAGAAAAAGGAAAACCAGAAAUAAAACAAACAAAAAGCCUCCCUGU